AAUCGAUUAUUUCUGCAUAUCGCUCAUCGCUAACUAACAUCGCACCGCGCAAAAAAGGGACGCGCAACUGCUUUCAAUUUCAACGAAUAGUGAAAAGCGUGUUUGGCAACAAAAAUCAUGGCUGAAACUGAUAAUUUGGACAGUUUGUCUAAUGCCGAACUGCGUGCACGGAUGCUGGCCCAGGGAUUGCCGAAUAUACCAGUCACAGAUAGCAGUCGUAAGGUGUUGGUGAAACGUUUACGUGCCUCACUGGGCGGCAACGCCGCCUUGCCGGCAGGCAGCCCGAAGAAGAGCAACGCACGUCGCGAGACUUUGCAGCCAGCAGCUGUUUCUGCUUCUGCUGCUACUACAAGUGCUGGACAGGUGGAUAAACCAGACGCGGCCCCAGCCGCAAGUAAGGCACGGCGCACCAUUGCCGUCAAUCCCAGCGAUGCCAAAGAGGACGAACGUCGUCGUCAGCAGCAGCAGCCAGUGAGCAAGCCACAAGCCGUGCCGGAGGCAGUUACAGUAGCUAAACCAGUUCCGGUCAAGGCUGCGCCCAUACAGUCACGUCGCAUUUCCAAUUCGGAGCGACGUGAACAGCCAAAAGAACGGAUCGCUCGCAAGCCGGAGCCAAUUGCAGAAGAGCCCACAGUGGCCAACCAGCGCGAGAGCGAGGAACCUUUGCUGGUUAAUUCAUUGAUCGUUCUAGAGUCCGAUGACGAGGAGGAUGAGCAACUGGCCCAGGCUGCCCAGGAUGCUGAGGAUCAGUAUAGUGAACACAACAGACAGAUCGGCAGCAAUCCCAAGCCAAGGUCCAAGCUGACGGCCACCACCGUCAAUACUCAUGACUAUGUGGCCAAGCCACUGUAUCCCAGCCUGCAGCCCAAACCAUUGGAGCAACGGCGUCUCAAGCUGGUUUACGAGGAUGCACCCAGUCCCAUCCAGCCACGCGCAACACUAGGCGCUACCAGCACCACUAACAGCUUCGAGUACCGUCCUGCGACUGGACGUUACUCCAGCUAUAUAAGCUCACCAGCCCAGAGCUACACAACUGCAGCAUCCUCAACCCCUGGCCACAGCAGCAGCAGCAUACGCCGCUCGCCGCCACGCACCUACAGCAAUGAAUUCAGCGAUGAUGCCGCUGAAGAGGAUGGACAGGGCGUUAAAUUUGAAAGCGACUUUGCUCGCAGCUUGGCACGCCUGCGCGCCGAACGAAUUGGGGAUCGUGGCGCCAGUUACAGGCGCAGCGUACCAGCCAGCAGCAUCACCACUGGGGGACGCCGUUCCCUACGCCAGGAACAGGCCUCAUCCCUCAACGCACUGGCUCGCUCUUGGCGGACUCUGGAUAACAAAUACAAACUUAAAUCUAAGCUAUUCAUAUUGAUUGUACUGCUGGUGCUCUUUGGCGUCUAUCGCUUCUAUUACUAGAGCAACAUAGAUGUCCGGCUGUGCCAUAUA